CGAGCGGAGGGGACUCCGGCUCACACAGCCGCCACCUGCCUCGGGGGACAGCAGCCGGCCACCUCUGCUCGCCUGGCCCCGCCACAUCGGAGCCUUCAGCAGGGCUCAGGAGACUUCACAGCCAAGACACAGGGCCUGGAAGUGCUGAGGAUGAAGCUGGGGCUCGCCUGCCUCCUGUGGCUGCUGCUCAUCUGCCUGACCCUGCCCGCCACCCACGGCCGCGUCCUGGAGCGCUCCAUGGAAAUCAGGAGUAGGGAGAACAUGAACCCGGACAUCGACCCCUCGUGGUACACGGGCCGCGGGAUCCGGCCCGUGGGGCGCUUCGGGAGGCGACAAGCCCUGGGCGGGCCGGGGCCGCGGGGCUGCGCAGCCCCCCGCCCUCCGCGGCUGGAGCUGCACCCCUGA